AUGUCACCAAAAUUGCAACGUGCGCCCGCUGCUCGGCGCGUAAUUAAAGACGCAGCGAGGCUCGGCAGAUGUUCCCCGGCCGCCCGCCAGGUGACAGAGGCAGACGGCGACACCUCGGAGGGCUCCGCGGAGCACCUCCGUCUUACACCGCCCGCCCGCGGGGGACGGAAGGUGACCUCCGCCCAAAAGCAAAAGGGAGCCAAAUCCGGCGGACAGACGGAAAGGCGCAGGACGAAGGCCAACGACAGGGAGCGGCAUCGGAUGCACAACCUCAACUCCGCACUCGACGUCCUGAGAAGCAUCCUACCGGCUUUGCCAGAUGACGCGAAACUGACUAAGAUCGAGACGCUGCGCUUCGCCCACAACUACAUCUGGGCCCUCACCGAGACUCUGCGCAUGGCCGAUCAGCACGGCCACGUCCCGGGCUAUCUCCAGCCGGAGGAGGCCUACCUGCCCGCGUCGGACGUGUGCCUGGGACAGAUGGGUAGUCCAGCAGGUACGUUAUCUGAUGAGUGGGACCCGAUGUCACCUGCGACCUCCUAUCACAGCAGGACCUCCGCUGACGCGAGCUCGGACUCCUGCACAGCCGCGUGUCACAUGAACCCUGACGUGCUCGCGGGGGAGGCGUUUAAAGUUUUCCCGUUUGCUCUUUAUUUUUCAUUCAGCCAGUGGUGA